CUUUUUUGCGCAAUAGAUGGUUCCUGUCUGAUUUUGAGACUAAGGAAGGUCACAGUGUAGGUUUGAUUGUUGUUGUUUUUAGUAUGAGCUGAAUAAUUUAAACUAGAAACAAUGAACAACGAUUUUGAUCCUUUAAAAGAUUCUAAACUGGGAUUCAUAGCAAGAAAUAAUUUGAAAUUUAACCGUUUUCUCCAAAGGAAGGGAUGGGUAAAAGACAACCGAUAUAGAUCCUAUCCUCUUAUAUUUACCAUGAUUACAUUUUCCGUUGGAUAUGUGUACGUAAUGUAUUUCAACUACAAGUUCAUAUCCAAUGCAAGACAAGGCAAGAAAACUGUCAAGUUUCCAUGGGACUAAUUAUAAAAUGAUAUGAGACUAUUUCAAAAUGGACAAAAAAAUGUGUAGAAAGGUUAAACAAUUAAUUAAAGAUGGUAGACCAGCCAAGUUGAAAUCCUACAUCAAGAAACAUUUUAUUGAUAUCCAACAUCUUCAGUUCUCCAAUGGGAAAACACUUCUACAUUACUGCUGCAAAUACCAUGAUUUUAAUGGAUAUAGAUUUUUUACUGAAGAGGGAGUAGAUGUGUUUGUUAAAGAUGAUUGUGGUAAUACAGCCCUGCACAUUGCCCUAAAACAGGCAUUGAAAACUAGGGCAAGUUCUGAGGUUAAUAAUUUUUAUAGUCUGAUUAUCUUGCCUACCCUUGAGCAACAUCCGGAGUCCCUGAAGUGGAGGAACCAUGAGGAUGUCACCUGCCGAGACCUUCUGGACCAGUUAAAGGAAAAAUAUGAAGAACCACAGUGUGAAGAUAGCCAUGAGAACUGGGAAGAUAAACUUGCUGAUGAGAUGGAUCACGAGUGCCAGGAGGAGUGGGGCAGGUUUUCAGGAGGUGCAUCAAAAGAGGAAGACUUUCCUGAGAGCUAUGAUGAUUGGUCAAAGAGAAUGAACUCCGAAUAUUAUAGAAAACGUAAGCACAGCUCAUCUUUACCAAGCUCAAGCAAGAAAACAAAAACUGAGGAAGAAGACUUUAACUCUAAACUCAAAAAGGAAAGAGAAAAAAUGAGGAAAAAAUAUGAGGAAAAUCAGAAAAGAGCACAACAAAAUUACAAGAAACACAAGAAAGAUGUGUAUGAAAAGAAGUGGAAAACUCUAUCUGAGAACAUUGAGAUAAAGCAGCUUCAUUUCUCUGAAAUUCCUUGGCCUUUCAAAGACAGUGUUAGUGAGAUGGAAGACUUUCUCUUUCAUGAUUUAACUAAGAGUGAUAUUAGAAAGAAAUAUUUGAGGGACCAGAUGAAGAGAUGGCAUCCUGAUAAAUUUUUGCAGAAAUUUGGCAAUCAUAUUGUAUCUACAGAAAGAGAACAAGUUUUGCAAAGAGUGAAACAAGUUUCACAAGAAUUGAAUCAACUCUUGGAGAAAUUUAAGUGAGGUGCAAUGUUGGAUUUCAAUUAUUUGAACUUGGUCUGCUUUAAAAAGUAAUUAUAAAGAAAUACUGAUUUAUAA